AUGACGGUACCCCCGCCCUUCUCGCUGUCCCACGGCACGACGACCCUGGCUUUCCGCUGCAGCCACGGGGUGGUGGUGGCAGCAGACACCCGCUCCUCUUGCGGGAGCCUCAUAUGCGAUCCGGCUUCCCGUAAGGUCAUCACGCUCCACCGCCACCUGAUAGCCACCACAUCCGGGACGUCCGCAGACUGCGCCGCUUGGCUCCGUAUCCUGCGCUGCUCCCUGCGCCUGAGGCACCUCCACGAGGGGCAGCAGCCCAGCGUGGCCGGGACAGCGAAGCUGCUGGCUCGCCUGCUGCACGGAUGCCACAGCAAAGACCUCUGCGUGGCCACCCUGCUGUGCGGUUGGGACCAUACAGGGCCCAGGCUCCAUUACGUGUACAGCGACGGGACCUGCUUCUCCGGGGAUGUCUUUUCGGUUGGCUCCGGAUCCCCUUAUGCCUACGCUGUCUUGGAUGGGGCCUACCGCUACGACCUGCCAGUCGCGGAGGCGUUCGCCCUGGCCCGCCAGGCCGUAGCCCACGCUGCCCACCGAGAUGCCUACUCCGGAGGCAACGUCGACCUCUACCACGUUCAGCAAAGCGGUUGGGUCUGUGUCUCCAGGGAAGACGUGGGCCGAGUCUACCAAGACAGAUUACACCAGUACGGAGCAGAUGGUAAUGGCAGCGUCCAUUACCCGAGCGAAAGCCUCUGGGCCAGCGUAAACCAGUAUGGAGCAGCCUUUGCUGGUUUGAAACCUCGGAUAUGUAGUACGGAUCAGCUGAACCCAACAGAGAACCGUAUGCUGCCCCGAAUCAACCAGGCACAGCCUCCCCAUUUGAACGACUUGAAGUGA